AUGUCAAGUAAUAACAACUUGACCAAGAAUAAAGAUAAGCCUGUCAAUGGAAACUCUCAUGUCUACUUUGAACAAAAUACUUCCGCCAACUCAGACUCAAACUACGUAUCCCAACCAUACACAAAUGGCACCCACCUUCCACAAGCUACUGACUCUAAUGGGACCCAGCAACAACAGUCACAGCAGACCCAGGAGAAACAAAUCCAACCACCAUCACAGCAUCAGCAACCAUCGCAACCAUCGCAACGAACAACACACGAACAUACUAGCUACAUCUCAAAACCGACUUUCGGUCUGCCUGACUUUGUAUUAUUAGAAACACUCGGCACGGGAACCUUUGGACGAGUGUUUCUUACAAAGUACAAACAUACCGAGAACUACUAUGCCAUGAAAGUACUGAAAAAGGUAGAAGUCGUACGGCUCAAGCAAGUCGAGCACAUCAAUUCGGAAAAGCAAAUACUGAGUCAAGUACAUCACCCGUUUAUUGUGAAUUUAUUCUGCACUUUUCAAGACGACAGGAACUUGUACAUGUUAUUAGAAUAUGUCAUUGGUGGAGAACUUUUCUCUCAUCUUCGAAAAGCGGGACGAUUUCACAACGAUAUUACCAGAUUUUACGCAGCAGAGAUUGUUCUUGCGAUAGAGUACAUGCAUUCGAAGGAUAUUAUUUAUAGGGAUUUAAAACCAGAAAACUUGCUAUUGGAUUCACGAGGGCAUGUAAAGAUUACUGAUUUCGGGUUUGCCAAAAAAGUUGAAGAUCGUACUUGGACAUUGUGUGGGACGCCCGAAUACUUAGCACCAGAGAUUAUCCAGAGCAAAGGACACGGAAAAGCAGUUGAUUGGUGGGCAUUAGGGAUCCUAAUAUUCGAAAUGUUGGCAGGCUAUCCCCCAUUUUUCGAUGAUAAUCCGUUUGGAAUAUACGAAAAAAUUCUAGCCGGAAAAUUACAAUUCCCACAUCACUUUGAUGGAGCGGCAAGGGAUCUAAUCAAGCGCCUCCUUACGGCUGACCGCACAAAACGACUAGGAAAUCUACGUGGCGGCAGUGAUGAUGUCAAACGACAUAAAUGGUUCCGUGAGGUUGACUGGCAAGGUCUAUACGACAGACGAGUCCCAGCACCGAUUGUACCGCCGUAUCAACAUCCAGGGGACACGAGCAAUUUUGAAAAAUAUGCAGAACCGACAGAAGAAGAAACUGGCUUUGAUGGCGGUGGAGAGAAUACAAGAUUUCAAAUGGGAUAA